GUGACACUCACUUUUGUAGUCCAUCAUCUCCACAGUCCAUAUGUGUGUGCGUGCGUGUGUGCGCAGGCUGCUCGAUGAACAACCAACUUGACUGUUCUUCGAAUGCCCUCGACUCAAACUCAAGUGGUCGUCGACGCAUUUUGGCCCCUGCCUGCUACUCAUCCACAAUAAUACCUCGGUUCGAGCUCCUAAAGUCCCACGAAAUCGUCUGAGACAGUUUGACGCCUGUCUGUCGUUGAGAUCCCUCUCCCGCACCGCUCGCAAUGUUCGAGAAGCCAUCCCGAAAAAUACUUUGAGAAACUGGGAAGCCAGUGUGAACACUUCCGGUCACAAUCGGCCUGCGGGCUCUCAGUGAAGGUAGCGGUCUCAAUACCUGACUCGAUCCAGCUGGUUAGGUGUGUGCUGGAGUAUGGUUAUUGUGACACGAAGCGCAGACGCGACAAUCAACUGGCUCGGGUGUCAUGAUGAGUUGAGGAGGACAGGAAUAAGACAAAGUGUUGAAAGAGCAAUCACAAGUGCUGUUAAGAUUUAAAGACUCGACAAGCCGUCACCUUUUCCCUCUACCUCGUCCUGCCACCAAGCGAUUUCUCCACCCUUGAGCUCCGUCGACGAGGCUGUGCUGGCCAAGAUGCCAAUCUUCGGCAACAAUGGAACUUCUGGGUCGUCGAGGCAACAACAGCAGGGUCAGUACACCAAAGAUGCCGAAAUCGCGCCUUGGAUGAGCCGACCUCCCAACGAAGAGGACGAGAUAGCACCGUGGGAACGAGACCCCCAAGCACAGAUCGCAGGCAGCCGGCCGUUCAAUCAGUCGUUCUUUAAUGAUCAACCCAGUCGAGAUAUCCAAGGGUUCCCAGCUCGACCGGAAACCGCAAGGACAAAUGCCUCUGAUUUGGACUAUGACGGCGAUGCAAGACGGCCAUCUGUUGCCAGUGCUACGACAGUCAGCAGUACCGGGUCUAGAGGAAGCGCUGCAAAUGGACGGUACCACAAGAGUUUGAAGGGGUUUUUUGGAGAGGAUCCGACGGAUUCACGCAAAGGCUCGACGGCGAAUUUACAAGAGCCGAAUACACAAGGUCAGUCGUCGGAGAAGCCUGCUCAGCGGAGCAACUCUGUGCAAACACAGAACAAUGUCGAGGAGCGACCAAAAACUCCAGCACCUCCUCCUUCCAGCGACGUUACUCCGUGGGCAUAUCAGAAUUUCGAGGAUGUUUCCAAUUUCGGAUCUGCGCCAAUAAGGCAGGAGCAACAGUCAGACUCACUCCAGCCCAAUUCUACAUCUUCCUCUCAUCGCCGUGGUCUCCUCCAUCGUCAUACCCGGAGCAAAGAAGAUCCUCCGAAAGGUCAACAAGCCUCAGCGUCAAUCCCAGCCAGGCCUGCAACGAGUCGGGAGUCGUCAACUACCAACUUGAGCUACUUCCGCAAUACACCUCACAACGGUACACCCAUGAGCUCGUCGUCUACGUUGACACGCAAUGCCAGCCCCGGCCCUUCCUCUAGAAAAGAAGGAUCUGGUCAUACCGAAAAGCGCUCUAUAUUCCACAAGCUCAAGUCGAGACAUAAGGAUAAACAUGCACCGCAGCCCGAGCCCAGCCGCAGCCACGUUGAACCUGUGAGGCCCCCUGAGGAGCCGAAAAAGAGCAGAACUCCAUCCUCUCGUACCGCAAACCUGGAUAUUAUUGAUCCUAGAAGAGAUCGAGAAACCAGCGUCGCCUCUGCUGAUAGUGCAUCUACCAUCAAAGCUCCUGAUCCCUCCCCGAAACUUGAUCGGAGUUAUACAGCAUCAUCCAAAACUAGUAGAUUUGGUCGCCACACCAGACAUCGUGUCAUGAGUCACGCAAGUGACACGUCGGAGAAAGCUCGCGCGCAGGCUCAGCAGGCACCUAUGCAAGCUGGCGUCUUCACCCUAGAUACCAACUUUGACGACAUGUCAGACAUCAUUUCUCAACCUCAACUACCCAAGACCCCCGGAGAAUCGGGCGUCUGGAUGGGCAAAGCUGCUCCCACUCCCUCUUCAGAGCAAUCAGCCCCCGCUUGGGAUGUACCUGAUAGCUGGGCUGUUAAAGGACAGGAAGAUGAGGUGCUCGACAGCUUGCCAGAAGCCAACGAUGAUGGUUUGCCUGCUAUCCAGGAAGAGGAUGGCCUGUCAUACUUCAUGCGAGUUUUCAGGUCUGAUGGCACAUUUGCGACCCUGUCCAUGUCCAUCAACGCUACCGUCGGUGAGGUUCUACAGUCACUUGCGAAGAAGUCUGUCCUACACGAUUCUAUAGAAAACUAUCAUCUACUGAUGCGCAAGCACCAACUUUCUCGGCAACUGGGCACAGGGGAACGGCCUGUAGCUAUGCAAAAGAAACUCCUGCAACUUGCGGGUUACACAGAGCGCGACCGGAUUGAAGACGUGGGCCGAGAAGACAACAGCUAUCUUAUCCGUUUCACCUUCAGCCACGAGAAGCAGACGGGCUUUGGCAGUGGUCUUGAUAACGAUCCGACCUUUAAUAAAAUGCAAAAGUUCAGCCAUGUCGACCUGCAAGCGAAGUCGCUGGUCACUAUACCAAUUAUCCUUUAUACCAAGGCUUCCGAGAUCAUCUCAAUUAAUCUCUCCCGCAACCUCGCCCUGAAAGUGCCCAAGGAUUUCGUAACAGCUUGUAUCAAUCUUCGAGAGAUCAAAUUUACUGGCAACGAAGCAUGGAGACUCCCGCCAAGUCUGGCCUGGGCGAGCCGCUUGACUGUGCUGGAUGUUUCCAACAAUCGUUUCGAACAAUUGGAUCAAGCUGAGCUGCACAGACUCGCUGCACUUGUGAGCCUCAAAUUGGCAAACAACAGACUUUCUCAGCUCCCUCCCUCGUUCUCGGCUUUCCGGCAACUUCGCAGCCUCAACCUGUCAUCUAACAAUUUUACUACUUUCCCUGAACAUAUUUGCAGCCUAAAAUCUCUGGUUGAUCUCGAUAUAAGUUUCAACAAGCUAUCCUCUUUACCCAAAAUCUCUCAGUUGACGACCUUGGAGCGGUUGUGGGUGACAAACAACGAUCUGAAAGGCCCUUUCAAUGAGAGCUUUGCAGGCUUGACAAGCCUGAAGGAGAUUGAUGCCCGCUUCAAUGGCAUCACGAACAUUGACAAUCUCACCAGACUUCCCAACUUGGAACAAAUUUUGGUUGGCCACAACAACAUCACUACCUUCAAAGGGUCUUUUCCUAAACUUCGCGUUCUGGUCGUUGACCACUGCCCUGUCACGUCUUUUGAACUUGAUCAACCAGUUCCGACGCUGAUGAGCCUUAAUAUCGCCUCCGCAAAACUCGUCGAGUUCAAGGAAAGCAUGUUUGGCUUCAUGCCAAAUCUACAAAAGUUGAACCUCGACAAGAACCAUCUUUCAAACAUGUCAUCUCAAAUUGGGCGCUUGUCGAAGCUAGAAUUUCUGAGCAUGGCCAAAAACCCCUUGAACAUUGUCCCGCCCUCGAUAGGAAGUCUUUUGGAGCUGAAGUUCUUGAAUCUGAGAGAAUGUAAUGUCAAGAGUCUGCCACCAGAAAUAUGGUAUUGCCGGAGACUGGAGACUCUCAACCUCUCUUCCAAUGUUCUCGAAAUCUUUCCCAAACAAAAUGCUGCACCGCCACCAAGCGAACUUGAGAAGAACACUCCAGCCACAACUCCAGGCAUAUCCACUUCUCCAAGUUUUGAAGAUUUGGGCAAGCUUGAGGACUUCCAGGCUCGACGACCCAGUCAAGCUUCCGCUGGUAUGAUGAGCCUGGGAAGUUCCCCGGGCGGUAGUGGUCGAAAGAACUCAGUCGCCUCGAUUCCGAAUUAUCGUAAGGGAUCGGUCGUUUCCAGAACCAACACAUCUGAGUAUUCCAUGAACAACACCUCAACGCGAAAGGACUCCAAUAUUUCGCAGGCCAGAUUCCAGAACACCUUUGCGGGAUCUCUGCGAUAUCUCUAUAUGGCAGACAACCGCCUUGAGGAUGAUGUCUUCCGGGAGCUGGCACUUCUGCCGGAACUCCGGGUUCUUAAUCUAUCAUACAACGAACUCGAUGACUUCCCGCAAGGUGUGCUGCGCCGUUGGCCACAAAUGAGCGAGUUGUACCUCUCGGGAAAUCAACUCACUUCAUUACCGUCGGAUGACCUUGAAGAUGGCAGCAAUUUGAGAGUGCUUCAUUUGAAUGCAAAUCGCUUCCAGGUGUUGCCGGCUGAACUUUGUAAUGUUCACAAGCUCUCUACACUGGAUGUUGGCAGCAAUUCUCUCAAGUACAACGUCUCGAAUUGGCCAUAUGAUUGGAAUUGGAACAGAAAUACAAACCUGAAGUAUUUAAAUUUCUCGGCCAACAAACGCCUGGAAAUCAAGCCGGCUGCACAUCAAAAUCAGUCACAGUUCAAUGCCAUGAAUCGCGACAGCGAAGAAACUGACCUUACAAGUUUCAACACGCUAAAAUAUCUGCGUAUACUGGGCCUCAUGGAUGUUACGUUGCUCACAAACACCAUACCGGAUGAUAAUGAAGAUCGCCGCGUUCGAACGUCUGCCUCUUUGGUUGGGACUUUGAUGUACGGAAUGGCAGAUACGCUCGGUAAGAAUGAGCAUCUUUCAACGCUGGACCUUCUCAAACCCAACUUCCGAGGCCACGAUGGGGAAAUCUUAAUCGGUAUGUUUGAUGGACAGACCAUGUCAAUUGGGGGUUCUAGGGUUGCGAAGUAUCUACAUGAGAAUUUUGCAUCAGUCUUUUAUGACGAAAUCAAAAGGGCUGAAGCAGCGAAUGACACACCAAUUGACGCUCUUCGACGGACAUUCCUAGCGAUCAACAAAGAUAUGGCUAAUUUCGCCAGCAGCAACUACGAUACCAAAGAACAUAGGCUGAUUAAUGGACACCGUGGUUCAACAGUGGCAAACAUCCUCGGGCCUGACGAUCUGAGCUCUGGGGGUGUCGCUACGGUUCUGUAUAUCAGUGGCCAGGAAAUUCAUGUUGCUAAUGUCGGUGAUAUUGAAGCAAUUCUCAUACAGUCUAACGGCCAGCAUCGAGAAUUGACCAGAAAGCAUGACCCGGCGGAACCUAGUGAGCGGGAGAGGAUCCGGGAGGCUGGAGGCUAUGUCUCGCGUCAAGGAAAACUGAACGAGACACUGGAGGUCAGCAGAGCCUUUGGUUAUUACAGCCACAUGCCAUCCGUCGUCGCUGCGCCCCACACCUUCAAGUGCCAGGUUAACGACGCCGACGAGCUAAUUGUGAUGGCCACCAAGGAGUUCUGGGAUUAUGUCACGGUAGACGUUGCAGUCGAUGCAACUCGAGCAGAAAAGAAUGAUUUGAUGCUCGCUGCUCAAAAGCUGCGGGACCUUGCCAUGUCUUUCGGCGCAAGAGACAAGAUCAUGGUCAUGGUGCUUGGUAUUUCCGAUCUUAGAAAGAAAGGCAAUCACCGGUUCCGUGGCACGAGCCUAUCCAUGGCGAAAGAAAUGGGCCUGGAUGAAGGUGCUAUCUUCCCUUCGCGAAAAGCGAGACGAAAGGGAGAAACCCUCGUGGGCGAUUCUCGUCUUGCUCGAUUGGAAGAACCACAACCGCCCGUUGGUGAAGUUGCAAUUGUCUUCACUGAUAUCAAGAACUCGACUGCUUUGUGGGAAAUUCUACCUGUGCCGAUGAGAUCGGCGAUCAUGAUGCAUAAUGAGUUAAUGCGUCGGCAGCUUCGAAUCAUUGGUGGUUAUGAGGUCAAAACCGAAGGCGACGCUUUCAUGGUCAGUUUCCCGACCGUCACAUCGGCGUUGCUUUGGUGUUUCAGCUGCCAAAGUCACCUCUUGGAGCUACCCUGGCCUCAAGAAAUCUUGGAGACCGUCCAUUGUCAGGAGAAGGCCGACUCUGACCAAAACGUAAUAUAUCGUGGUCUCUCGGUGAGAAUGGGAAUUCAUUGGGGACAACCGGUAUGCGACCUCGACCCGAUCACACGAAGAAUGGACUAUUUCGGUCCCAUGGUCAACAAAGCUGCCCGAGUAUCCGCAGUUGCCGACGGUGGACAGAUUGCUGUGAGCAGUGACUUCAUCACCGAGGUUCAGAGAACACUUGAGGCAUACGCCGAUGAUGACCGACGUGAUUCCGUUGGGUCUGAUGAUACCGUAAAUGACGAUCCACUAGCAAGUCAGAUCCGCCGCGAACUGCGCCAGCUCAGCAGCCAAGGUUUUGAAGUCAAGGACCUUGGAGAAAAGAAGCUCAAGGGUCUCGAAAAUCCCGAAUUCUUGUAUCUGAUGUACCCACACUCCCUCGCAGGCCGCUUGUCCAUUCCGCCUGGCGCGGAGAGUAAAGUCCAGCUUGGGGGAGAUGCACCUGUUGCGGGUGAAGAGCAGGGACAACCGGGUGCUCUUGGUAAAGAUUCCCAGCUCAAAGACCUAGAACUUGACGAGGUGUGGAAGCUCUGGGAUAUCGCACUCCGGUUGGAGAUGCUAUGCAGCUGUCUCGAAGCUCCAGAGCGUGCAGCUGGAUUACACAAGCCGGAACUCAGUCUUCUUACAAGAAUGAAAGAACGAGGUGGUGUACAAACGGACGGCUUCAUGAUCAAUCUGCUCGAACACCAAGUCACCCGAGUAGAGGCAUGUGCGACAACUCUCCAACUUCGACACAUGUUACAGCCCUUCAAAAAAGGAGUCGCGCUUGUUGAUCAGGCCAAACCCAUCGCCGACAUUUUGAAAGAAGUCACUGCCAUGCUCAAUGACGCAAAAGCAAGUGUAGAUGAGAUCGCGACUCCAGACACGGAAACAGAUUCCGAAUGAUGGGAGAUUCGUUUGCUUCGUCAGUUGACAAUCGGAUUUCUGGAGCAGCGUCUUUGCGAGGACGAACAUUCUUCAUAAUUAUUAGCAACUUAAUUUUAGGACACAGCAUUACGAGGAUCAUUCAAAGAGUUGGAAUACAUGGUAUAACCCAUGGUCUAGGAUUUUGAUUUACGAUUGGAUUUCACGAACAGGUAUAAUUUGGGAUGAUAUGGUUACCGGACCGGCGUUAUCGAGUCUCCAGGGACAUCCAGGGGCCAGAGGAAAUGCACAAGGACGUCGUCAUGAGAAGUGAAUGCCUCUGAAAGCAAUCAGCAUCGUUAUUCUUUGGUAUCAUUUUGCUGCACAUAUGUCUUCAACGGUACAUGGAAUUUUAUCGAGUCAAGCACAACAUAGGCACUUUGGCGAAUUAUUACAUGCCGAAGAGGAGGAGCCAUUGCUUACGAACAACAUUGUUUUGUAUUAAGUCUACCUAACAAAGCGAAUGAUGAGGUUUUGAAUGAUGAUUGAUAU